GCCCGCACAAAUUAACCAAUACACGACGUACAGGGGCGGAUCUGCGUUUCCUGCGUUUUACUGGUAAAAGAUCGUCAACCAGCAUUAUUUUACAAGAUAAACAAGUAUGCGGCAUUUAAUUGCUCCAGUGAGAAGACUAAUACAAACCAAUCUAAAUCCGAUGCUCAAGAGAUUUUAUGCACUGCAGAAGGAUUUACCAGUGCUUACUCUGUUCACCAAGCAUCCUUGUCCACUUUGUGAGGAAGCAAAAGAAGCUCUUCAGCCAUAUAAACACAAGUUUGUGUUGCAGGAGGUGGAUAUCACUCUGACAGAGAACUCUGUCUGGUAUAACAAGUACAAGUAUGACAUACCAGUCUUCCAUUUUAAUGGACACUUUCUGAUGAAGCACAGAGUUAACUUUCAGCUCCUUGAGGAACACCUGAAAAAAUGGGAACAGCAAUGACCUGUAUUCUAGUGAUUGGAGACCUGAUUUUUUGUAAAUCUGCCAUUAUAUGUAUUCAGUGCACAACAGCUGUGAGGUUUAUAGUAUUUUGGUAUCUUUAAACAGUAAUGUUUUGUGUACAGUUUCAUAUAAUUUCUAAAAUAAUUGUAUUGUUACCUGAUUUCAUUACAAUUUCAGUAAAAUGUUGAAUUGUUUUACAUGCCAUCCAUGAUGUGUAGUGAAUUACGGUGAAAGUUCUGAAUGAAAAAGGACCCUGUAUUUACUUUCAUUUAUUUACUUCCUGGAAGCAUACCUGUCAACCUCUCAGUGCAAGAAAUCUAGUCAAAGGCUAAAAUAACGGAGGAGCAAAGGUCCAAAAUUAGGGACAGAUUUUAAGUAUUGCUCUUAUAAAGUUAGAAAAUUGCUACAAUAACAGGAUUUGUGUUAGUGUACAUUUUCUGAAGGAAACAAACUCCAUUUUGAUUUCAAACCUCACUGAUUUGCCAGAAAAAACAUACAUUUUAUGAGAAACAGACCAAAAAUAUGAGGCGAAAAUCUGGACAUUCUGUAAAAAUCUGGACAGUUGAGAGCUGUGCCUGGAAGUCUGUUUUGUUCAUUUGGGGAAACUGCACUGUGUAUGCUACUGUAAUGAGAAACAUGCAGACAUCAGGCACAAACAAUGACACUGUCUACAGCAAAGAGACCACAUGAUACCACUUUGAGACAUUUAAAAAUAGUAAAGAAUCAAUAUGGAAAAUGAAAGCAUGCAUAUACAAAAAAUAGUGGCUCACUCUUGAAAUAUGUAGCAUGACUCACUGAGUAAGGCAUUUUCUUUCCAUAGUUUGUAUCACUGAGGGAGGUGGUGCCAACUACAGAAUAAGUUUUACUUGUGUGUCCUAAUCAGACUAUAAAUUAGGGCUGUGAACAUUGCGGUCCUACAAGGUAUAAUGGAUACAAGCAUAACAGAAUGACCAAUGGCCAUGACAAAGAACAACCUAAUUUUCCAAUAAUCACUGUUUUUUUUUACACCUGCUGGUUUUGCAUGGCAUUUUUUCAAAAUUAAGGAAUCUGGUUUAAUCUUUAAUAAAUACUUAGCUAAUACAGAUUGUUAUACUUAAUGAAAGUAAAACAUCCCUUGUUUUAGAAAUGGAACAUGGCAACAGCAUAUGUAAGAAGUGUAAUGACAAUUGAGCUAUAAAAUAUGAUUUGUUUUCCUCUGUACCUGAGCUCUUUCAUAAAUAAAGUAGUCUUUGUUUUUAAAUUUA